AUGAUACAAGAAUUCACUGAUGAAAUCGUUAAUGGGGUUCAAUGUUAUUCACAAUGUUCAGAAACCAAAUCAUUUGUCGAGUUACAAAUGCAAACGGAAUCUUAUCAAGUGUUUCAUCGUGGUACGCAAUCGAGACGGUAUAAAACUCAAGAACUUCAAACAAGCUUUUGUCAUCAAGAUGAAACACUGCAUGAUGACAUACUUACUAACAACGAUAAGUUGACUGAAGAAACAAGAAUAUUAUGUUUUCUUAAACGUACUGAGCCAAUCGUUACAAAAGAGAUACAAAAAAAUAUCCACUCCAAAGUGUUUAGACAAUCACAGUCAAGAAGACUAUUUUAUAGAAAUAAUGCAUCGGUGAAACAUACACUCAUUCUAAAUGAAGCAAAAGAAUCCAAAUUAUCUGUUACAGGAUUAUCUUGGAAUUCUAAUGGGACACUAUUAGCGAUAUCAUAUGGAUCAUUGUGUCAUGCUGAUUGGUGUACACAUAAUGGCAUGGCUGCACUUUGGAAUGUGUCAAAUGAAACAUUGGUAAUCAAUACUCCUCAGCAAAAAUAUGUAACAGAUACUUGUCUAAUGUGUAUUAAAUUUCACCCAAUAGUUCCAUCUUUGUUAGCUGGAGGGACAUUUACAGGAGAUUUAGUCGUCUGGAAUCGUACCAACGAAAAUGAUCAUCUAUUAGCCAGUAUCGGAAGUAUGCACAGUGGUCAUAAGGAUUGUAUCAAUCAAAUCAGUUGGAUACGAGAUAGUCUAGAGUCUAACUUACAAAAUCUAACUUCCGAAAAAAUCAGUCGAUAUACAACAACUUAUAGGUUAUUAAGUUCAGGAAGUGAUGGAAGAAUUGUUUGUUGGCGAAUUGAUCUGUGUCACUUAGGAAAUGUGAACUGUGUUAAGAUUUUUCAAAUAAGACAUAAAGAUCAGAGUCCUUUACCAAUAUCCAACCAUUUUAAUUCAUUAAAGAAAUGCAGUCUCUUUCGGUCAGAUCUAUCCGAAACAAUAAAUAGUGACAGAGCAGUUAAUAUAACUUGUAUUUCAUUAGCUAAAAAUGAUCCAGAAAAAUUUGUUGUUGGAACAGAAACAGGAGGACUAUUAAUAUGUCAAAUAAAUUCUGUUAACUGGAAUGGAACAUAUAAAGAAUCCUUGGAAGAAUACAUACAGUCACCGGUUAGAUUUUCACUAGCUCGUCAAGAUGGUCCGAUUUAUUCAGUAGAUUGGAGUAAAUUCUAUCCCAAUCUUAUUAUAGCUUGUGGGUUCAAUCAUUGUAUUCAGGUAUGAAUAAAACAUAACCAGUUGAAAAACAUAGUUAAUGUAGAAACUUUUAAAUCACCAAAAUGUAAAUAAUAAUUCAACAUACAAUACCAUGUUUUGCAAAAUGGCAUGGUAAAAUAAGUGUUAUUUGCAACUCGGGAUAUUCAUGCUUGUUCGAGUUAGUCUGAUUAUUAAUUAAAGUUUUUGUUUAAUUAUUAGUAUUUAUGAGGGGGAAGCCUAUCAUUACAUUUUCAGAAAGUUUCAAUUUCUGAGAUUCAACAUUACAACGAUUUGCAGUGAAUUUUUAUACCUUAAUAUUGAACAACUCAGUUUGAAGCUAACUUUCUAUUCUAAAAACAUGGUUUCAAGUAUACUGUUUAUGCAUAAACAUUGAUUGACAUCAAAGUCGGCAACAUUGUAUCACUUUAGAUUGUAAAACAUCCUUUUAUCUUGUUUGAAAAAUGAAUAGAAUUCAGUCGUCAAGUCUGUUUUAUAUGAUAAGUACUAGGAAUUGGUUAACCACAUAUCUCAUUUUUUUAUUUUAUCCAAUUAAAAAGUUCUGGUUUGUUUUACUAUUCCUUAAUUCCAUUUCAUUUGUUACAGAUAAAUAAAGCUAACAACCUAAUUUGUAUGAAACCUGCUUCCGAAUUAAGCAAACGUUAAUUUGUUUGUUAGAUUGCUCCAGGUAGUCGAGAAAAAAAGGGGACAAAAGUUACAUGCCAAUAGCCACUUGUCAUCAAGAUAUACCUGGAAUUUUGAAGGAACUAAUACUUUCUGUGAUAUUUGGAUCUGUAUCAUUCAGAUUCACUUUCUGAGACCACUGAGUUAUUCAGGAAUGACAUAUCUACAAGUGACCAGUCCCGUAGAAAAGACUGGAUUCUAUCGAUUAGCA